UCUAAAAUGGAAGCACAACGAUCUAAUACCUUAAAUGUUUCCAUCAAGAAAAUGGAGAGCUCAAAAACUGAAGCGGAGAUCAAGAAGAGCAAUGAGAAACGCGGCAAUCAAAUGUCGACUGCUGGUAUGGACGCAAAUCGCCGCUUCUUUAAGAUGCGUACCAGUAAUUUGGAUUCAGAAGAUGUCCAUAUUUUGGUGCUCAUUUUGGACAUCGAUUACGGACAGAGCUACAUUCAGCCGGGGAAAGUAGACAUGGUCUUGAAUGUGGUGGACGCCUCCAUGGUGCUGGCCAAUGGCCAUCUGCUGGAGAGACCGCACAACGAGGUGGGGAUCAUCGCGUGCUCCAGGAGCAUUGUAAUGCUGGCUCAUUCCAUUGAUGAACCAUUGACCACGUACGACUUCCAACUGGACACGAUCAAGACCAUGGAGUACGCAGUUUCGACUAAGGUCGAGGCGGAACUGAAGCGUGAAUUUUCCAUCGAAAAGCUGAACGAGGAUAAGAAGUCCUCGCUUCUAGCCGAGUCCCUCGGCCUGGCUCUUUGCUACAUCCAGAAGCGUCGUCGCCAGAUCCCAGACACAUCCCAUGGACGCAGCGUCCAAGGGCGCAUUCUCAUUGUCACCGGAUCAGUUCUGCACGAGGAUGUCUACAAGAACUACGACAAUGUGAUCCAGGAGGCCUUGGAAACGAAUGUGACCAUCAACGUGUGUGGCGUGAAGGUGCCGAAGCAGCUGCCGCUGCAGCGUGCCACGGACACCACCGAUGGCCUCUACUUCUGCACCAACGACACGAUGAGUCUGUCUGGCGACCUAGUUGACCAUUUUCUGUACCCAACGUACUUGAUCAAGUCUCCAAGGUCCCACAUUACGGUGCCGGCACGCUGUGCCUGCCACGGCUUUGGCAAUAAGAUUGGGUUCGUGUGCGGCAAGUGCAAGCUCGUGCUAUGCAAACACUCACCCUACUGCGAUGACUGUCGCGAGACCAAACAGCCAACGGGCACUGGAGCGAUCACAUGCAAGGACACCUAUCAGAACGGCAUUGUGAUGUGGACCAAAGAGAAGCCCAAGUUGAUCCACAUUUUGGAAUCUCAGCUCGCGAGACGUGUGCAACUAAAUAAUACGGGAAAUCCCUCCGCAAGACGCGUCCACUCGAUUGUACGCAUAACCAACGCCCCAGAUGUAGACUUACACCUGACCAUGUGCGGGCACUUCUAAGAUUUUAGCGCCCCAAAGACAACCUUACUCUCAAACACCUUUACACUGUGUGCGGGAUCUAAUAACACAACCAAAUGCAACUCAAUCAACUCAUGGGCUCACACUCUACAGAAACGCACUCUAACAUAACAAGUUCAUUCAAAAGGUUCAUGAUUAGCAUUGAACCUUUUGGCGCUACAACAUACGCCCUUUACACAAUGUGGCAUCUAAGCGAAGGCCAAAAUGUGGCCAAAAGUUGCGUAUACGCUCCACACAUUUCCAUUGGAAAUCAUACAAAAAGACAAUCAAUUAGUUAUAAUCGAUACAUGGCGCCCAAGCGGCAGAAGGUUCCACAUCGCCAUUGAACCUUUUAGCGCUUGAGAAACACUCAAAACCCUAUAUAUAUUUUGUUAAAGAAUUAACUCUUGAUCGCUGAAAGGUUAAUACGCUACUAUUGAACCUUUUAGCGCAAGAGACACACUCGUAACGUUUUGGCAAGAAUUCCUCUGGCACAUACUCGAAUUUGAAUUCAUAUUCUAUUCCGAGAAAUCAAAUUGCAGUAUUUAAAUCCUAUGUAACACUGAAAACAUUCGUAUGUCAAUGUAUGCUGAGUAAAGUACAAAAGCGGUUAAAGAUUA